GCGCACCGCUGUCACGAGCCCCUCCUCCAAUUCGGUGCGUAUUGUAGAGGUGGGUCCACGGGAUGGACUCCAAAACGAACCCAAACUGCUCCCCGCAGCCACAAAGAUCGAAUUGAUCGAUCGUCUCUCCCGAACGGGUCUGAAAACCAUAGAAGCCACCAGCUUCGUGAGUGCUAAAUGGGUGCCCCAGAUGGGAGACAACACUGAAGUGUUCUGUGGUAUUCGUAAGGUUCCUGGAAUCAACUACCCCGUCCUCACGCCCAACAUUAAAGGAUUUGAAAGUGCUCUGGCGGCUGGAGCGGAAGAGGUAGCCGUCUUUGGAGCCGCUUCUGACGCUUUUUCCUUAAAAAACGUCAAUUGUACAGCAGCGGAGGCUAUCGAAAGGUUCAAGCCAGUUCUUAAAGCCGCAAAGGAGAAUGGAGUUCGUGUCCGCGGCUAUGUAUCAACCGUCGUUGGCUGUCCCUAUGAAGGGGCUGUGGCUCCGGCUGCCGUUGUCAAAGUAGUCGAAGCGUUGCAUGAAAUGGGGUGUUAUGAGAUAUCGUUGGGUGACACCAUUGGAGUUGGCACUCCGGGCAGCAUGCGUCGAAUGCUUGAUGAGGUGACACGAGUGAUACCAGCUGAAAAUUUGGCCGUGCAUUGUCACGACACUUACGGCCAGGCUCUGUCCAAUAUUCUUGUCUCCCUGGAGUACGGCAUUCGUGUGGUGGACUCGUCUGUAUCCGGCCUAGGAGGAUGCCCGUAUGCCAAGGGUGCAUCUGGCAAUGCGGCCACCGAAGAUGUAGUCUACAUGUUGCACGGCAUGGGCCUCAAUACCGGCGUUGAUCUCGACAAACUCAUUCAAGUGGGUCGGUAUAUUUGCUCAGAAUUGGGCAGGCCCUCGGAGUCGAAGGUGAACCGCGCCUGGAAGGGACCGCUGCCGCAAAAGCAGUAAUCCUACAAAUAUUCUACAAUUGAAAACGAUGGCAUUUACUAGGACUAGUUAUUCAAUACAUAUAUUCUUGUAGCAAGUUUAACCCCUAAAA